AUCUUGCUUGUAGUCCUCGUUUCUUUUCACCUUUCCAUUGUUCCUGACGAGUAGAAAUGGCAGCGGGAAGGCAGCAGAGGGACUGCGACUCCCGUCAGCCGGGGACCGGGGGCCGGAGCGCGCCGACGCCGAACCCGCUGCCGCCGCUGCCGGGCCUGUGUGCGAACUGAGUGCGGGGACUGCCACUUCUGCCGAGACAUGAAGAAGUUCGGGGGGCCUGGGCGCAUGAAGCAGUCGUGCCUGCUCCGGCAGUGCACCGCCCCCGUGCUCCCACACACAGCUGUGUGCCUCUUGUGUGGGGAGGCUGGGAAGGAGGACACGGUGGAGGGAGAGGAAGAGAAAUUUGGUUUGAGCCUCAUGGAGUGUACAAUCUGCAACGAGAUUGUCCACCCCGGUUGCCUAAAGAUGGGGAAGGCUGAGGGUGUCAUCAAUGCAGAGAUUCCCAAUUGCUGGGAGUGCCCUCGUUGUACCCAGGAAGGCCGGACCAGCAAGGAUUCAGGGGAGGGCCCGGGCCGCAGGAGGGCUGACAAUGGUGAGGAGGGGGCCAGCCUGGGGAGUGGAUGGAAGCUGACGGAGGAGCCGCCGCUUCCACCGCCCCCACCCAGGCGCAAGGGCCCCUUACCUGCUGGUCCCCCACCAGAGGACGUGCCUGGGCCCCCUAAACGAAAGGAGAGGGAGGCAGGCAGUGAGCCCCCAGCCCCAAGGAAAAAGGUGAAAGGAGGCCGAGAGAGGCACCUGAAGAAGGUGGGUGGAGACGCCUGCCUUCUCCGAGGAUCGGACCCAGGCGGCCCCGGCCUUCUGCCCCCCAGGGUUCUGAAUCCGAGCCAGGCUUUCUCGUCUUGCCACCCUGGGCUCCCUCCCGAGAACUGGGAGGUAAACCAAAGCCACCUUUGGCCUCUGCUGAGGGCCCAGCGGUGCCGUCCCCGUCCCCACAGAGAGAGAAGCUGGAGCGCUUCAAGCGGAUGUGCCAGCUGCUGGAGCGGGUGCCUGACACAUCCUCAUCCUCCUCCGACUCUGACUCCGACUCCGACUCAUCAGGCACAUCCCUGAGUGAGGACGAGGCCCCUGGCGAGGCCCGGAACGGCCGACGACCAGCCCGGGGCAGCUCCGGAGAGAAAGAGAACCGUGGGGGGCGGCGGGCUGUGCGCCCUGGCAGCGGAGGGCCCCUGCUCAGCUGGCCCCUGGGCCCCGCACCGCCGCCCCGGCCCCCACAACUGGAGCGGCAUGUGGUCCGCCCUCCACCUCGAAGCCCUGAGCCUGACACACUGCCUUUGGCUGCUGGAUCCGACCACCCUCUGCCCCGAGCUGCCUGGCUUCGCGUCUUUCAGCACCUGGGGCCUCGAGAGCUGUGUAUCUGCAUGCGAGUCUGCCGAACUUGGAGCCGCUGGUGCUAUGACAAGCGUCUGUGGCCUCGAAUGGACCUGAGCCGUAGGAAGUCGCUGACUCCACCCAUGCUCAGUGGUGUGGUCCGGCGCCAACCCCGGGCCCUGGACCUCAGCUGGACAGGUGUCUCGAAGAAGCAGCUCAUGUGGCUUUUGAACCGACUGCAAGGCCUGCAGGAGCUGGUGCUCUCCGGCUGCUCCUGGCUCUCAGUCUCCGCCCUGGGCUCAGCCCCACUGCCAGCCCUGAGGCUCCUGGACCUCCGCUGGAUUGAAGAUGUUAAAGACUCCCAGCUCCGUGAGCUGCUGCUGCCUCCACCCGACACCAAACCAGGCCAAACCGAGAGCCGUGGGCGGCUGCAGGGGGUCGCUGAGCUGCGCCUGGCCGGCCUAGAGCUCACGGAUGCCUCCCUGCGGCUCCUGCUGCGCCACGCGCCCCAACUGAGUGCCCUGGACCUGAGCCACUGCGCCCAUGUCGGGGACCCCAGCGUUCACCUCCUCACAGCCCCCACCUCCCCACUUCGAGAGACCCUCGUGCACCUCAAUCUCGCUGGUUGCCACCGCCUCACGGACCACUGCCUCCCGCUGUUCCGCCGCUGCCCACGCCUGCGCCGACUGGACCUGCGCUCCUGUCGCCAGCUCUCACCCGAAGCUUGUGCCCGGCUGGCAGCCGCCGGGCCCCCAGGCCCCUUCCGCUGCCCAGAGGAAAAGCUCCUUCUCAAGGACAGCUAGUUGGGUGCCCCCCACCCUUCCCCAGGACUCAUCUGGAGCCUGGGCCUCUGGCUUUCAUUUCAUCCCCUGCCAGGAGGCCGUUACUCACCUCAUGACUGGGAAUUGCUGAGUCUUCUGACUUGGGGUUCCUGACCAGGAACUAGAGCCAGCCUGCCCCCUCUUCCCCCUGCACUGAUAUCUCUGGGGGUCUCUCCUUCCCAUCCCCUCCCCCUUCCACCUACUUCAUUGUCCAUCCCCUGGGGGGAGUGGGUCAGAGGUACUGGGGGGUGCUGAGCCAAAGGGAUGGUGGGAGGGGGGUUCAGGUGCAAGUUGGAGGGGGGAGGGGAAGGGGAAGGGGAUAUCUGCACACAGGAUGCUGGGAGCCCGGGGACUGGGGGAGGUGGAGGAUGGGCUGGGGGGAGGGGGGCAGAAAGCAGAACAUCUAGGGUUCAGGGAACAAGAAGACCUGAUGCUUGGAGUUGGGGGUGGGAUGGGGGGGCCAAAAAAGGGAAAUCAGAGGAUCAACUGGGGAUCCAGGUGUCAGAGGUAGGGGUGCCAAGGGAAACCAGAACUGAGUAUAGGGGGUAAGGGAGACCAGGGCGGAUGUGGGGGCAGUAAUACCCCUUCGGGGUCACCCCUUGCAGUCCCCCCCUCCUCAGAUUUCAGUUUCUUUCUCCCACCCCUGACUCCUUGAACGUCACUGACAAUGGCAGCUAUUGUGAGGAGUGGGGGCCGUGGUGUUCAGCAUGGCCCAGGGGAGUGGCAAGGGGUGCCCCAGCCCCCUGCCUACCUCCCUGCACAAUACUUGAACAUUCAUCUGUACUGAAGUGUUACUUGAACCGGGGAACCUCGGACCUGGGGGAGCUGGAGUGUGAGGGGCCGGGACCAGCCUGGACUAAGACUGGUCCCCUGGGCACCCAGUCUGGACUGUGCCACCCAGGAUCUUGCUUUACUGUAUCGCCCAGCCCUCCCUACGCGAGGGGGCGGGGCCGGCCCAAGGAUGGGGACGAUGAGGUUCCUCCAGCGUGGCUUUUCCCACUCUUACCGUCAUGGAAACUUGUACCUAUUUGCCCAGGGAACUGCCACUCCUGGUUGCCAUGGAAAUAGCAGCCAAUGGACACCUCCCGAUGCCAGUGCUAAAAGCUGGAAAUGGCCCCUCUUAGUUGCCAUGGGAACUUAGUAACAGACUCUUGGCCCUUCCUCCUCGCCCCUUCCUCCAGCGUGGGGGUAGGGUGUUGGGAGUUGGGGGAGGGAUCGGGUCAGGUCCCGCCCCUCGACCCGGGCCUGCCUAGGGAGCCAGGUUGUACCAGUUGGGGAGGGGGGGAUCUAUCCACAUACCUCAGGUAACUGGGAGGUGUACGGGUGGGGGGAGGGACUGGGCGGACCAAAGGCCGGAGGGGAGGGGGCCUGGGGAACGCGAACGGAAUUGCGGAUGGAGCCGCUUGGGGAAGGGAGGAGGCAGCCCGGUGGGGGGGCAGGUGGGGUACCCAGCCGGGCUGGGCCCCUGGGCCCCCGAAUCUAUACAACACGGUUUGCUAUAAAACUAAAAAUCUUCCAGCCGGG